AUGGCGGCCAAGGCGCCAACAGCCGAGCUCGAGAAGCUCUCCGUGAACGGCGGCUCAAUCGCUGCAUCCAAGACGGCAGCAGGCCCGACGGCCAGUGGAAACGAUGCAGAGCAUGACAACUCAGACUCCGAGGACGAGGCAGACGAGGCGGGCGUGAACGGCAGUGGCGCGGGCGCGGAUGGAACGGCGGCCACGGCGGCCAAGAAGAAGAAGAAGAACAAGAAGAAGAAGAAGAAGAAGGCGGGCAACGGCGGGGCGACGGUGCAGUCCGAUCCGCCGCGCGUGCUGAUGUCGCAGCUGUUCCCUAACAACAGCUAUCCCAAGGGCGAGGAGGUGCCGUACGUCAACGAGAACGCAUACCGGACGACGAGCGAAGAGAAGCGACACCUAGACAAUCUGCGGGCGGACUUCCUCUCGGACUACCGGCAGGGCGCGGAGACGCACCGGCAGGUGCGGCAGUGGGCGCAGAAGAACAUCAAGCCGGGCCAGUCGCUGACGGAGAUUGCCAACAACAUCGAGGACAGCGUGCGGGCACUCGUGGGCCACCAGGGCCUGGAGGAGGGCGACGCGAUAGUAGCCGGCAUGGGCUUCCCGACGGGCCUGAACAUCAACCACAUCGCGGCACACUACUCGCCCAACCUGGGCAACAAGACGAUCCUGCAGCAGGAGGACGUGAUGAAGGUAGACAUUGGCGUGCACGUCAACGGCUACAUUGUCGACAGCGCCUUUACCAUCGCGUUUGAGCCACGCUACGACAACCUGCUCGAGGCCGUGCGCGAGGCCACCAACACGGGCAUCCGCGAGGCCGGCAUCGACGUCCGUCUGGGCGAGAUCGGCGCCGCCAUCCAGGAGACCAUGGAGUCGUACGAGGUCGAGCUCGACGGCACCACGUACCCGAUCAAGGCCAUCCGCAACCUCAACGGCCACACCAUUGAGCGCCACACCAUCCACGGCGGCAAGAGCGUGCCCAUUGUCAAGUCUGCCGACACCACCAAGAUGGAGGAGGGCGAGAUCUACGCCAUCGAGACCUUUGGCAGCACUGGCAACGGCUAUGUGCGCGACGAGGGCGAGGUGUCGCACUACGCCAAGCGCACCGAUGCCCCCAACGUCAAUCUGCGUCUCUCGUCCGCCAAGACUGUGCUCAACGUGAUCAACAAGAACUUUGGCACCCUGCCGUUCUGUCGUCGCUACAUUGACCGUCUGGGCCACGACAAGUACCUUCUUGGGCUGAACAGUCUCGUAUCAAGCGGCAUUGUCGAGGCGUACCCUCCCUUGGUAGACAAGAAGGGUUCUUACACUGCCCAGUUCGAACAUACCAUUCUUCUGCGCCCGACGGUGAAGGAAGUCAUCAGCCGUGGCGACGACUUUUAG